AAAUAAGGGAGCACCAGGUGCUGCUUCCCACCUCUGUUUCUUCCCUCCCACCCUUCUUGUUGCACUCGCAUUUCCAGAUACAAGUCGUGCUGCUUUUCCCACUCGCCACCCCCCAAGAUUUGUAGAGAACGCUUGCUCGCGAGACGCCGGAGACUCGUCUUCUCACCAUCUGAGUAGUCGUCUAAUUCCCUCCCCCUUUUCCUUUUAAGUGAUACCCGUCUUCUUGAUACCCAAAUUUUUCUUUUCCUUAAUCCAAUCCCCAACACUUCGCCAUGGCCGACGUACAGAAGCCCGUCGAGGUCCCUGAGACCACCCCCGCCGCCGCCGAGCCCGUCGUCGAGACGAAGGUGGAAGAGACGAAGCCCGCGGAGAGCGCCCCCGCUGCUGAGCCUGCUGCCGCUGCCGCUGCUGCUACCGAAGCCCCCGCCGAGACCGAGGCUGCUGCCGAAGCUGCCGCUCCCGCCGAGGAGGUGAAGGAGGCGGCGAAGCCUGUCGAGGCUGGCACCCUGGAGCACAAGGGAGCCCCAGCCAACUUCCCCAAGAACUUGAUCUAUACCAAGCAGCACUUCUGGUUCGGAGCCGACGCUGUUCCCAAGGAGAAGCUCGUCACGUACCUCAAGAAUGAGAAGGUGACCGACGUUGCCUACCAUGUUGCCUCGUGGGCCACCGAGACGGGCAAGGGUCUUCUCUUCUACGGGAAAGAGGGCGACAAGGAGACCCCGGCCGGUGCCAUCCAACUGGCCGAGGCUUCCGAACCCGCUGUGGAAGGAUCCCACAAGUUCACCUUUACCGCGAAAGGGCACAAGCACGCUUUCAAGGCCCCUACUACAGCCGACCGUGACAACUGGGUCGAGCAGCUGAAGUUGAAGAUUGCCGAGGCCAAGGAGCUUGCUACUACCAUCACGGAGAGCGAGGUGUACAAGCAGACCCUUGAGAGCUUCAAGCCUACCCCUCCUCCUAAGGAGGAUAAGCCCGCUGUUGCUGCUGCUCCUGCUGAGGGUGAGACCGCAGAAGAGGCCGCGGAGCAGCCCAAGGACGAGGAUAAGGAGGAGGCAAAGGACGACAAGAAGGAAGAGCCCAAGCGUCGAUCUGCCAGCCGCAAGCGUACCUCUCUCUUCGGCAACCUGCUCGGCGGUAGCAAGAAGGAGGAGCCUAAGAAGGAGUCUGCCGAGGACAAGUCCGCUGAGGACAAACCCGCCGAGACUACCGAGGCAGCCGAGCCCGCUGGAGAUGCCGCUGCCCCGGCCUCUGAGGCCCCUGCUUCCGAGGCGGCUGCUGCCGAGGAACCGAAGAAGGAGGAGUCUGCCAAGCCGACUCCUUCCAAGCGCACCAGUCUUUUCGGUAACCUAUCUUUUGGAAAGAAGAAGACUGAGGCUGAGGGCGCGCCGGCAACCCCUGCUAAAGAUGCCCCUGCUACCAUCCCGGAGACCCCCGUUGCCGAGGCCGCCCCUGUGAUCCCGGCUGUGGAGACGAGCGAGCCUCUAUCUGAGGUUACCUCUCCCACCGAGGGCGCCGAGGCUGCCCCCGCCACCAAUGGUGAGACCAAGAAGGAGAAGACCGAGAAGCGCAAGUCCACGCUCCCCUUCUUCGGCAAGAAGGAGAAGUCUACCACGUCGGAUGACGAGGCUGAGAAGGUCAAGUCUCCUCCCUUCUUCUCGAAGCUGCGACAGACGGUGAAGGGCAAGGGCAAGGCUACUGAGAAGCCCGCUGAGGAGGCUAAGGCUGAGGAUAAGCCUGCGGAGGCCGAAGCCUCUGAGCCUGCCAAGGAGGCUGCUGAGGAGCCCGCUGCGCCUACCGAGGAAGCCAAGGCGGAAAAGCCGGCGGCGGCUGCUCCUGCCCCCGUCACUGCUGCCGCGUAGAGUGCGAGUGAUUCUGCCCUACGGGCCGAUGCUUGAUGUUUUCAAAGGAUAACCAUCUCGUUGGGCUUGGUCGGGAACGGAUCUGCAUUUCAAGAUACCCCACAAGACUGGUUCUGAACUGAUACCCCCCGUCUGCUUCCAAUUUGGCGGUCCACUCCUGCUGUGGAGUCUGGACUGUGUCUAAUGUGGAGGAGAUGGCCUACAUGAUCUUUACACGAACGCUUUUGACACGUUUUGUCUCGAUUUGCGUGGAGAAUUGCUUUUUCCAAAUCUUUUCCUAAUACUCAGCUGAUACCCAGUAUACCCCCUGUCAUUUGGUUGAUGCGGAUCAGAAAAUACCAGCCAUACAGCGCAACCCUUUCUCUUACGUUGACGGUGCAGGACGCGGAAUACAGAGGUGCAGAGCUGCUUUAUGUCAAGCUCGUGAAGCCCUCACGGAACAGACGUCGCG